UUCACAAAAAUAAAUGUUGACGGAAACUGGAAUCAUACCUUUUUCAUUUCUGGCGAAAUAGGGCUAUGCGUAAAUCAGAGAACCGGAUUUUUGGCAGAAACGGAAUAUACCCUAUAAUAUCGGGUUCAACUUGUUUGUUUACUGAUUUUGGGACAACAGCUGAUCACUAUUUGCCAACGUGUUCGGAUAACAAAAUUUAAUCCUUGGCAUUGAAGAUGUUUGUAUUAAAAAUAAUUGUAAUCUCAUCUGCAAUACUAAACAUCGGGUUCUCGGCGAUGCAAUGCAACUCUAAUGAUGUAUUACAGUUUAGUUGUCAUCAUCCAGAAUGUAAGGUGGAAAAUGAACAUAUACUUGGUCGAUUAUUAACUAAACCAAAUGAUGAAGUCAACAUUUUGGGUUAUACUGAAGACGACUUAUUUUUGAUUAAAAAUAAAAAAAUAUUAUCAAUUGAACCAAAAAGUAGAAUAAGUAUAAAAAAUUGGAAUCCUAUACAAAAUUGGAAACAUAAAGUGAAUAUCCAUAAAAAUACAUUCUCAAUAUGUGAACCAAAAAUUAUUAAUCAAAGUAAUGAUGAAAGUUAUAAUGAUUUUAACAAUGCUCAAAUUAGUAAAAAUACAGAUGAAAAAAAUAUUCAAACAAAUGAUGAAAUUAGUAAAGAACUUAGCAUAAAAAGCUUCGAUAACACCAAUGAAACUAAUAAGUUAAACAUAACUGAAAAUGAAGAUAUUGAUGAUAUUAUUGAUAUUGAGACUGAAGAUGAAUUAAAUCCAGAUAUAACGACAAAACAAUAUGAAUCAAUAAAUACUGAUCAACAUUUUAACUUUGAACCCAUUGAACAACAAACUGAUUUAAAUAAAAAAAUUAACCAAAAUAAUAUUACUCAAUCUACUAGUCCUAAAAACCUAGAAAAUGAUGUUACAAAAGAAUAUUCUUUAGAUCCUGUAAAAAAUAAUAAACUCGAUGAAAAAUUAGUAACUGAUGAAAUCAAUAAUAAUAUUUCUCCUACUAAUGAAGAUAGUCUUCAUAGUACAAAAACUGAUUCUAUACCAAAUGCUUCACAUCAACUUUUUAAGAACACUAAUGAUAAUAUAAAAGAUACAGUUAAUAUACAAGAUACUAAUAAUGAUACAGAAAAAUUAAAAACGUCAAACACAGUAAAUGAUUCAGCCAAUAAAAGAGAAUCCCAAGUUUAUGAUAAUUCAUUAGAUAAUAAUAAUACAAAAGAAUUUAUUUCAGAUAGUGUUCAUAAAAAAAAAACUGAUUUUGUACCAAAUACACCACAUCAAGUUGAGAACUCUAGUGAUAAUAUAAAAGAUAAAGCUAAAACUGUAUCAUCUCAAAACUCUAUUAAAAUAUCUGAAAUACAAGAUAAUAAUAAUUCUAAGGAAAUAAUUGAUGAAACACUACAAAAUAAUGGUUCUUUAGAAAAUAUAACUCAAAUAGAUAACCAAUCAGUCAAUGAUAAUUCCAAGCAAUUGUCAUCAACAGAAGAAAAAAUAGAAAUUAUAAAUGAAAAAGACAAAAUAAUUAAAAAUAAUAUGUCCAAAGAUUUUAAUGGUGAUAAUUUGCAAGAUUAUAAUAACAUAUCAGUAAUUAAUGAAAUCCAAGGAUUUUAAUGGUGAUAAUUUGCAAGAUUAUAAUAACAUAUCAGUAAUUAGUGAAACACUACAAAUUGGUGGUUAUUUAGAAAAUAUAACUCAAACAGAUAAUCAAUCAGUCAAUGAUAAUUCCAAUCAAUUGUUAUUUACAGAAGAAAAAAUAGAAAUAAUGAAUGAAAAUAAUAUAUCCAAGGAUUUUAAUGGUGAUAAUUUGCAAGAUUAUAAUAACAUAUCAGUAAUUAAUGAAAUUCAAAAUCAACCAGAUAUUACCAAAACUGAAAUUGAUUCUGAAUCUCAAAAUAUUUCUAAAGAUCCUAGUAUUAAACCUAUCACAUCCAAUAAUGAUCAAAUUAGUGGUAAGACAUCUUCAUCUCCAACACAAGAUAUAAUGAACACAAUUGAAAUUCAUCCAGUUAUUGCUAACAAAAAAGAAAUUGAUCAAUGUGCAUCAGAAGGUGGAUGUUCACAUUCUAUAGAAAGUAACCAAAAGUAUGAUAUUGAAAAAAGUAAACUAGAAAAUAAAAUUUCGUCUGAUAAUGUCUAUGAGAAUAUAAAGCCAAAUGAUAACGAACAAUUAAAAAAAUAUGAACCUAAAAGUUUUGUGGAAUCUUUUGGUCAUCCAGAUUCUUGUAGUGGUGUUAAAUGUCUUAAAUUUAAUAGAAAUUUAGAAAAAAUAAUUAAACCUCCACCAAUAAAUCCUACUCAAAAACAAGCAAACUCAGAUGAAACUUCACAAUCAGCAAAUAUUGAUUUUGAUGUAGAAAAAACAAAUAUAAUUAAUGAAGUAAUUGAGGAAUCUCAUGUAGAAUUAAGCUUCUUUGAUUAUUUUCAAAAUUGGAUAUCUUCACCUACUACUAAUUCGAUUAAUUUUCUAUGGAGUAUUUUUGGUGAUUAUUCUAAUACACACAAUGAUGUAUAUCACGUUCAAUCUGUUGAAGAUCAAAAAAUGUUUCAAAAUGUCAAUCAUUCAGAAUUAUAUUUUAUUACUGUAGCUGUAAUCACACUGUUAUUUUCAUUGGUUUAUUAUAAAUAUCAAAAAGGAACUUAUGAAAAUUAUUUAUUAACAUUGCUUGCAACUCAAGAUCAAAAUUUGCUUAUUAUUGAAAAGGAAUUAUCAUUGCUGAAAGAACAAAGCACUGGAAGUAUGAAAUCAAAAACUGAAAAAAAUUCUGAAGUAGAGACAUUAAAUAAUCAUUUGACUAAGUCUGAGGACAUUAUAUUAUCACAAUCUAUACGCAUUGAAAAACUAGAGCAAGAAGUUGAAGAAUUAACUGAAAGUGGAAUGGAAAUGCAUACAUUACUGUCUUCUGCUUUAGAAAAUAGUUCCAAAAAUACAGAAAAAUUAAAUUCUUUAAAAUCAAAAUUGUUUGAUUCAGAAAAUUUAAUUAUCACCCUUACACAAAAAAAUUUUGACAAAACUACAGAAUUAGAAAAAAAAAAUAAUAUCUUAAAAUCCAUUCAAAACAAUGUAGAUGAACUAACUAUCAAAAAUAUGGAUUUAGUUGAAGAGAAUGCUAAAAUAUCUUUACAACUAGAACAAAAUAUAACUAAAAACAUGCUGAAGGAAUCAAAAUUACAAGAUGAAAUAAAUAAUUUACAAUAUGAAUUGGACAGACAAACUAGUUCCUUGGUAGCUGCAGAAAAUGAAGUUUUACUGUCUAAAAAUGCUUUGCAAGAAAUGGUGUCACAGAAAUUUAAUUCAACAGAUGCAAACAAAUUUUUAUCUUCAGUUAAAUUAUCUGUGGAACUUAAAUCUGCACAACAAAUGUGUGAAGGUUACAAACAUAAAUUGAAUGAGUCUUUGAAAUUAAAUCAACAAUAUCUGGAUAAAAUUGAUGUUUUAAAAAGUAAUAUAGCAAAUUUAGAAGAUAAACUUGAAAAAUUAGAAAGAAAGAAUGAAGAGUCAAUAAACAAAUUGACUAUACUUACAAAUUUUUUUAAAGAACAAGAAAAACACUAUCUUAAACAAAUUAAUGAGAAAGCAGAAUUAUAUAUUAGCAAAGAAGGAGAAUCUAGCAUUCUUAAUGAACAAAUAAAAUCCAAGAACCAAGAAAUUGUGAAUUACAAAGGAGAAAUUCAAUCAUUGAAAAAAGAAAUAACAGACCAAGAAGCAAGUUUCAAAAUUCAAUUAUCCGCUGCAGAUAAAAAAGCCAGUGAUUAUUGGAUAUCAUUCCGACAAGCUGAAAGAAAACUUAAAGAAAUGGAACUUGAAACUGCACAACUAAGAAAUAAAUUAACUAUGGUUGAUAAAAAACUUGAAAAUGGUGCUAAAAGCAUAGACUCAUCCAAAGAUUUUGAAGACGAAUUGUUAGACAUACCAUUGCCUACAGUUUCUCCAGAUUUUACACUACUUUCUUUGCUCGACUUCGAACCUCCUCCUCCAAUUUUAACUAACCAACGUUUACCUCCACUUGGAGCUUUAGGACAAGCUCCAAGUCCACCAAUUCCUUUAUCUAGGCGUCAUAAUCGAUCCUUAUCGCCAAGUUCUCCACCACCAUCACAAAGAUCUUCCGUAUUUAGACCAUUGCCUCAAAGAUACAAUUAUAUGGAUCGCCAAAAUUCAUUAGGUCAUUCAGUUGAAUCACUCGACAAAUAAAUUAUUUUUUACGCUGUUAUUACUAUCCAAUUAUCUGAAAUGUUCAGAGUUAUAACUAUUGUUAAGAUUAAACGUUAAAUUAAUUUUAUCGGUGUAUAUUAUUUGAUCUGUUUUUUAAGACCAAUAAAAAUUGGUUUUUCUUAUCAACUUUAUUUUUUCACUUAUAUUUUUUUAAAAAAUUAUUUUGCAUAUGUUUCAAAAUUGUAUAGUUUUACUGUGACAUAAUGCAUAUUUAAACUGUUCAAAUACUUACAACUUGUUGUUUGUCAAAGAUAAAAAUGUUUGAAUUGUAUUGAAAUAGAUAUUUUUUAAAGAUGGAAUUCACACUUGAACAUUCCUGUUAACACAUUUUCCACUCAAUGUUGUGUGUCUAAAUGCUUAUUUAUUUGUUAGUUAAUGUAUUAAUAAAUAUUUGUAUGUUACGUAA